GCCCUGUACGCUGCCGCGAUAGCAGGGCUGCCGGGCUGGGCCGCCCUCGUCUGGCAGGCCGCGCGAGGGCCUGGACAGUCCGCCUCCUUUGAGGGCGGAGGAGGCUACCCUGGACACGAGGAGGAGUGCCCCGAGGUGAACUGCGAGUGCCCAGAGGUGGUCUGCCCGAGGCCGGAGUGCCCCGAGACCGACUGCCCGAUUGUGGAGUGUCCGUCUGUCCCCGACUUCAGGGAGGUGUACCCCUUGCUGGAGGAGGGCGUCUUCGCCUUCCUCUUCUUGCCGCUGCUGAUCGCUACAGCCGCGGGAGUGCUGCUCGGCUGUUGGUGCGCCAGGAGGACGCUGAGUCAGAGAGGGGCGAACGGUCAGCACGCCAGCCCGUCCGAGUCGGACGAGAAGCGGGGUGAUUACAUCCUCAUCAAAUACAACGGGGUAGACGAAGACCUGUACCAUGAGACUUUGAUCACGGGGGUCAGUCCAGAGGAUCCCACUGAGGUUACGCUGUACACCGCCGAUCGGGACCACUAUCAGUUCAACAUAGCGCCUGGAGAUGAUGUUGAGGCGGUGUACUGGAUCGGGCUGCCAGGUGGUCGUCCAGCUCACGUGCCCGAGAAUCAGAUCUAUCGGUUCCGCCACAACGUGCCGCCCAAUGAGCGCCAGAGGCUUUUCGCGGAGGCGCAAGGCAUGCUGGGAGCAGCGCCGGCGCCUCCACCAGCCCCCCUGGCGGCCCCGAUGCGGAACGUGCAGAGGCAAGGUCUGGGCCGCCCCGCCGGGGCGGCCGCCAGACGCGCCGAGCCCGGCCGCGUGUGGGUCUUCGCCGAGGACCAUGGCCGCCACCAGAAGGGCGAUAGUGUGGAGGAGCUCCCUGCGGGGUCAGUGGUGCUAGGAGAGAGGGCGGUCGUGCCCACGGCGGACGGCAGCACGGCUUUCUUGCAGAUGAUCCCCCAGGACGACAUAGAUGAGUUCAAGAUGGACGAUCUCAGGGUGAUGCCAGUGAAGUUUGACGGCAUGGGACGACGCAGGAGGCUCUUCCAGGAUGGCGUCGCCAGCUUCGUGCCCGACGAGCCCGAAGGGGGCGUGGGGCUGGAGGGCCCUGGCACCGUGUCCUGGAGAUGCCAGACCUAUGUCGAGAGGUCCCAGACGCUGGUGUCUCAGCAUGCGUCGUGGAGGGCGACAUCGGGCGUCUCGAGCGGGGACCGCAGCGUCUUCGAGCAUGAGGUACUCUCCGAGGGCAUGAUGGUGGCCCCGCUGCUCCAGCAGCACGUGGCGACGGCCCUCCGCGACGAGCACCAGGUGGCCAAGGAGCAGAGGAAGGCCCGGGAGGAGCGUCGUCUGGGCCGCCAGAACAACAAGAACCACAAGGACAAGGCCCCAGAGGGCCAGGGGAGGAGGUUUUUGGACAGGGCCACCAACUCUGUCAUCUGCACCUUGAAUGAGAUGCAGGGCUCCGCCGGGGUGCACGACGGAACCCCCGCGAUGGGCCAGAUGCUUUCUCAGGAUGCGAUACGCUGCGACGUCGCGCCCAUUCCGCCACCCCAGACCUUGUACACCAGACACGGGGCCGUUCGCGAGCUCUUGUCAGGCAUCGUUGACUAUGCAUGCAGCGAUUGCAGCACCACGGUUCGUCCCUAUCGGCGGGAUCAGGUUUCUCUUCCAGAUCCCGGGAGGCCCUCGGCGGAUUUGCUGUGUACCCUCCCGGAGCCUGACCAGGAUUUGCUGAAGUCAUGGGAUACUCAUAUGCUUGCUGACCCUGCUGAUGUGGGGUUCUAUCGAGAGUCGGGACAUCAGUUUAGGUUGUAUUUCGACGAGAUUUUUAAGGCGCAGGGGGAUGUCUACGUUGAGUGUUUGAAAGACCUUAGCGACGCCAAGAUGAUCGGUUGGACUGAGAAGCCUCUGAGCCUGGUGACCCCUUUCUUUGUGGUAAAGAAGCACGACAGGUUACGACUCAUCAUGGAUUGCAGAAACACGAACCUCCUCUUCCGAGCACCCCCUGCCCCUGAGAUGGGCACGGCCGCAGCGUGGGGCAAUCUGGAGCGUCCAGAGGCUCGUCCUGGAGCCGAGGCCGGCGGAGCUGACGCCAGCGGAAGUGGCGGAAGCAAGCUCUGGGUCGCCCAGGCAGACGUGAAGGAUUGUUUCCACUGUGUUCGCAAUCUUCCAGAGCUGUGCCCGUGCUUCUGCAUGCCGCCGAUCACGGAGGGGGAGAGAGCCGACGCUGGCAUUGGGGGCCCAAGUGGCCUUGGGGAUUUGGCUCGUGAGGUUUCGGUUUACCCAAUGCUGCUGACUCUUCCAAUGGGGUUCUCCUGGGCCUUCUAUUUCGUCCAGCGCCUCGUGGAACACCAGUGCAGAGUUUCCCUGGCUGGGGCUGGCUUGGCUUUCAAGUUCCUGAGGGACCAGGCCCCUGCUCCAGAUCUCGGGACCCAGUUGGCCGUUCUACCCUACUGCGACAACAUCAAUGUUGCGGGCAUCAGGAGGGAGGAGGUGAAGGAGGCUAAGGAUGUGAUCGUUCGGAGGCUUCGAUUCGUGCAGUUCACUGUCCAUGAGGAGACCGAGCCCGAGACCCUGUCGUACUCGCUGGGUCGCGUCAUCGAUGGGGAGUCCCGGGUGGUUCGUAAUCGGUCUGAACGAGGGGGGCGUCUUCGCAAGGUCUGUGAGGCUCUUGAGGGGGGUCAACCAGUGACGGGUAGGCAGAUGAAGCAGUACCUUGGCCACGUGGUCGAUUUCUUUCUGAUUAGACGGGAGGUCCUCUCGGUGCUCAGAGCUUGCUACGACUUUGCGCAGGCGGCAGACAAGAAGCCCCAGAGUUUGUGGCCUUCUGCUCGGCGCGAAGUUCGCUGGAUACGUUCUCUCACUUUCAUUGGUCUCGCUCGGCUGGACAGGCCUUGGCACGAUGCAGUUGCGUCGACUGAUGCGUGCGAGUCUGGUGCAGGGAUCGCUGCGCGCCGAGCAGACCACGCGGAGGCACCUGAGGACCUGGAGGUCAACCCGGGGUUCGACGAGAUCCCAGAGGCCUUCAUGGACCACGACAAGUGGCACGAGGGCGUGACCUCACGGCUCCAGCGGCACCACCGGGGCUCCACCCCAGCGAGGCCUGCGGGCUCGACGCCGCUGCGCCUUCAGCGUCAAGGAGCUGUGGAGCGCAUCUCGGGACCCUCGAGAGAGAGCCGUCGGGAGAAGCGCCAGAGCAUCUUCGGGGCCUUCGAGCGUCUCGCCUUGUCGGGCCAGCAUUCCAUUCUCGAACGUCACUCGAUUACGGCACCCACGGAGGGCCUAUACACAGCCUGGUGGGAGGAGCUCCAGGAUUUUGUGGAUAUGAACGGCUACACCUUGAACAACGUGAAGAAUGCCGACAUUGCGCUGGUGGACUUCGCGGACCACUUGUUUCUCGAGGGGUUCGAGCGGCCCGACCUCAUGAAGAUGUACGCCGCGGCCGCCUGGCACCUGGCCGGCCUGUCCCCCAUCGGGAAGCUGCGUUUCCCGCGGUUCUCCCGCGCAGCCCGGGGGCUGGGCCUGCUGGCGCCAGCGCAGACCGUGCCGCCCGUCCCCUUCGAGGUGGCGCGCUGGAUCGCUUGGCACAUAUACCUCCGCCUCCAGGGCUGGACCAUCCCACUCUGCCUGCUGACCAUGUUCGUCUGCUGCUUCAGGCCCGUGGACAUUCACAGCCUGAGGGUGGGGGUGUCCGACGAGGCGCUGCUCCUCGACUCCCCCUACCUCCCAGGCCUGGGCCCAGCGCUGCAUCGGCGACGUCGCGGCCAACGGCCGGCCAAGUUGUUCGAGGUCAGCGAGAGGGAGCUCAGCCUUCAGUGGGGCCGCUCGCAAGAGCAGCUCGGGCUGCUUCCAUCCCAGCGGCAUCGCCUGUGCCAGAUCCGCCACGCGGGGCCGCCCCACGACAUCCUCAUGGGGGUCCGCACGCUCCUCGACGUCAAGCGCCGGGGGAGGUGGAGCUCGGACGCGACCGUCAAGCGGUGCGAGGCGGCGGGGGUGGUGCAGCAGGAGUGGGCCAUGCUGUCGACGGCACAACAGGCCGCCGCGUCUCGCGCGGCGGAGUGGAUGCAGUCUCAGGAGCUGUACUGCGGCACGCGCGGGAUCCUCGACAGCGCAGGCCGCCAGGGCAUCGGGGGCGUCGGCUGGGACACGGAGAUCAGUUCAAAGGCCGACCUCUCGAGUGCGGCCGUCAUCAAGAGCAUCGCCCGCGACUUCAAAGCGGCCGAGAACCGCUUCGGGCUGAGUGGGGUGUUCGCAGCUCUCUGGGUUGGAAUCGUUUGCUCGACCUG